CCCCACUCAGAACGACGAAACUGGGCUUAGCAUAGCGUUUUUGCUUCGACCAGCAUCAUGUCAACCAACCGAAGUUUCCUCAAUUUCCCGUUGGAGCUGCGGUCGCAGAUCUAUCGCGAUUACUUCCAAGUCGACGGCGGAUACGUUUACGAUGCGAAGUCCGACAAGCUCAAGACAGCGAAUAACGAGCCGAUCGACCUCUCCCUCAUCUACGCGUGCCGUUCCAUCGCCAAUGAAACCAAGCAUCUCCCGUUGUCCCUCAACUCCGUUACCUUCUCGACUCUAUAUCGCGAAGAUUGGCGAUGUCUAGCUGGCUGCUUUAAUGUUGUUGCUACGUACUAUCGCCACUUGGAGUCGGACUUUGUCCUUCAUCUAGCCGAGUUCAUGACACCUGAAAUGCAAUCGCAGCUCGCUUCGAAGUACCCCGAUUUCACCCACGAACUUGAAACCGCAUCGACAGACCAUCUACAGCGUUAUCCGAUUGUUUACGAUAAUGACACCAACAACCAGGCGGCUGGCGGUGAGGACUCCUUGCGGGGAUCUGCCUCCGGAGGAGCUCACUGUCGUGAGAUCGGAUACUUUCUCAAAAACUGGGUCGAUCCAGGCCAUCAUUACACCGGGUUCUCCAGGAUUCAUCAGAUCCGCGGCCCAGGACAUCCUUCACGGAUCUGCUCUGCAACUUCCUGUGAGAUCAAAAAUCCUCUGUCGUACUGUUUGCAACUCAUGGCAGAGCAGAAACCGGUCGAGUUUGCUAAUCACAUUGGUUCAACCUUUCCGCAUUGGACUGGAGCAGAUCCAGUACAGGAGUUUUUCGAUCUACGAUUCGAUGACUGGGCCGUUCCAUCUGAGAGCGAAGUGAAACGUGCUAUCAGACUCUUAGGGCUUGGUGAUAUCUGGAGAUUUCCGGAUAUGUGGUAUGCCAAGCCAAGUGACGAUCGCGAUUAUAUCGACGACUAUGAUAGUGACGAAGAGCAGGACGAUGCUGACCAUGGUGGAGAAAGCGAUGAAAACGAAACAAUCAUUACUUCUCCUGACCAUGAUCCUGACAACCAUGGACGUGCUCCUCAGGGUGUUCGUUGUCGAGAAAAGAUCCGAUUCUCAGCCGCUGCUAGUGCCAUUAGGUUCCUCGAACGGAUUCCCAGUCAGCGUACUCUGUUGAAGAAGAUUGUAUUACACGAAGACUUCAAAUCUGUGAACAACCCGGAGACUCAUGCUCAGGGUCUAGCCACUUUCGUCAAAGAGAAUUCCUCAUUGCAGAUUGUGCGUCGUGUCAGCAUGCUGGAUUGCAUUUUUGGAGUCGCGGAAGGCCCUCGCGCCGUAUCAACCUAUCUACACCGCGGUCGGGAAAGACAACAGAAGCUGCACAAAAGGCUAUUUUCUUUGAGGAUACUCCCAUGGCUCAAAGAGGCGAUCGCUGUGGAAGAAAGACAAAUCCCGGCCGAAUCAUUUACGGUAGUCCUAGAGGCGGGAGCACACCAGGACUACUGUACGGAUCUAUUCCAGCGUCUACUCCAUCGAGAUGUUGCCUGGUGUCGGACACAAGAGGUGUUGACUGCGCGCGGCACACUAUCUCUGCGACCGUCAGACCGCUUCCACGAUAGGAUAGGUGCUCAAGACUUGGAAGCCAUUGAUCAACUGGUGAACCAUACUUCGAAGACUUUGUCUGCUGACUUCAACACCGGCGUUGCAUGGGAUGUCCAGGCUCUAGUCCAGCAAACCCAACAUUUUGACAGGGGCAAUUGGCUCAUCAGAUGGUUCGUUCAUGAUGGAGUCCGAUACGAAAGACUGGUCCUUGAUCAGACUUACAAGGACAGGGUGGCUGAAGUUUUCGAGAUUGAGAUGUGAGAUGGCAGCCAUAUUUUGCAGUAAAAUUUAAGCUACAGAUUCCAGUGAGACGCUGGACGGAGAAAAUUAGGUAGGUCUGUUAGAUAUUUCUGUAGUGCCAUGAAAUGUAGUGCGGAAAUCCCUCCUCCACGUUGAUUAAAAUAAAUAAACUACAGAGGUAGGUUUUACAUUAUUUUCAUUGGCCCUUAUAUUCGCCCAAAUUGCCUCUUAAUAGCGCAUUAAGCCUCUCCUAUACUAAAACAACAGCGCAGUUGAUAAAGCAUAUAAUACAGAGGAUAAUUCCAUCGUCUAUCGUGUCAUUGAUGUCUGCAUGAAAUUGUUUUGUUAUUUCUAGGUAUUCCCUAAGAUGUCCCCUCCUGAUAGGCAGAUGUGCCUAGCAUAUAUUCUGAGC